CUUCAGGUUAUUUGGUGGGACUAUAGCAUGCUGAAAGAGGCUAAAGUUGGAAACGGUGGUGCACGACAGUUAGGAGAGGGCGUGAAUACCGACUGCCUCAAAGCAGCAGCAGGUCAGCUAAAGUAUGUAUCUUAAAAGCCUUAUCGAAAGCAAUAGUCGCCGUGUUCAAUAGUUGCAACCCGGCGUUUACAGUGUGUAUGUUUCACCGGUAUCUUUCAUCGGCUGACCAACAGUUCCUGCCACCUAUGCUAACAAGCUUGGGCUGAAACGAGCAAAAGGGUUGUUUCCUCGCAAUGGCAAGGCGCAAAAAAACUGCUUGCGGCGGACGCCAUGGCCGCAGCGGCGGGACAGCAGCAGCAGCAGGACAGGAGGAGCAGGGCAACAGCGGGACUUCUGACGCUUUUACAGCAAUCGUCAGAGAAAGCGCUCAGCAGCUCCCACGGGCAGUCGAGCGGUUGCUGGAAGGUCCCGCUACGCUGAAGGAGGCGACAUACCUGGACAUCUCCAAGCACAUAAACGUCCUGAUCGACUAUUCCUUAGAGGAUAUUGAUGACGGGGGUACAGCUCGUAGCGUUACGUUGCUGCGUGACGGAUCUCUCCAGCUUGCAUUGCUGCAGCUCACCGCUGUCACAUCGCGGUUCUCGCUAGAAGAAGCAAGUGGCCUCCCGCGCGACACAUCACAAGGCGACAAAACCUUUGUUGAGCUCACCAGCUCGCUCGUGGCCUUCCUGCUGGGCCAGGCCACAUCCUCUGCUGUGGAGUUUGCCCUCAAGCUGCUGCGUAUGCACACCCUGCAGGCCUUCAGCCGUCAAUUGGCAGCUACCGCAGAGCUCUUGUUAGGCUCGACCACUUCAUCUGUCGGGCAGCUCAGUAUGGCACUUAGCUUUGCCGAGAACGCGCUGAUGAUUAUCCAAAGCUUAAUCUACGCCUUAGAGGAGCAGGGCGAGCUGGGGCCAUCAAGCGACCAAACAUCUUUGCAUCAGCACGCGCCCAACAUGCAAUUCCGCAACGAGCUUGCAUCCAACCUGGUCGACAGCAGUGUGCUGGAUCACAUUUCCCGGGUUCUGCUGCUGGUGCAACUGAAUCACGGGAUGUCUGAUGGGUCCAACGACGAGCUGGACGGAGCCCUGCGAAUGCCAACAACGCUGUUGAACCGGGUUCUGCUGCGCAUCUAUUACAGUACCCCUCAAUUCCAGGCGGCGCUGUCCGGCCGCUGUGUGCAGCAAGCGGCUAUAGUGCUAGGCCUGUCUGCGCUGUGCGCGGCGGACGACGGUCCUUCCUACGGGCUGCCGUCAGAGCUGAUGCGCGGUGUGCCCUUGCUGCUAGCGCCUGGCGAGGGCGAUAGCUGCUGCUCCUGUUGCGGCGUUGUCAUCAACGAGUGCAGCAGCAGACCGUCGUACCUAAACGACGAUGUCUUCUUCGGGGUGCUGGCUGCACUGGAUGCUGAGUCAGCACCUACAUGGAUAAGCCGGCGGGCCGCCCUAACGCUGCUGCUGCGGAUUGGGCGCUUGGUUGUGGCUUCCGGGCAGCUGCAUGCCACAGGGGUGUCCGGAGGAGCAACGGGUGAUAGCGGCCAUGGCGGCAGCAGCAGCAGCGGCGGCCGCACUGACGGCGGCAGCAGCAGCAGUACGGCAUCUGGGUCGGAGGGGAGUCGGGUCAGGCGGCUUGUGUUGCGGCAGGGGGACCUUGCCGGCCUCGCGCUGCUCGUCCUUGAUCGCGCCGAGAAGCUGAGGGCGCUGCAUCCGCAGCCAGAAGGUUCCGCGUCCUGGGCAGCCGAGGCGGGGGAAUGGUGGCGGUUGCUGGUGGAGGUCAUUCGGUACACCGUCCAAGGAGCCGAACAAUCCCAGCAGUCAGCGCUUGGCGCAAUGCUGAUGCGGUCACUUGCGGGUGCAUCGGUGGCGUUUUUUAACGGGACGACCCCGCUGCCUCCCUCGCUGCCCCCGCCGCCUCCCGAGCUGGCAGCUGCUCUGUCAGCCGGCGUGCUGCCCUGCCUUGAGCGCCUGCUGCGUCGCACCGGCAGAGAUCUCCUAAGCCCUGAGGCGUCUGUGUUGUACGACAUGGAUUCAAGCGCGUAUUCCCGCACGGUUACUUCCCUGUUUGCGUACGGCGAUUUACGCCAGGCAACGGCGCUGAUUACGACGUUGGCCAAGAUCCUUCGAUUGGACCCACGGGUCGUGAUAGAAAGCGGGUCGUCAAUGCACCGUGCGGCUGAUGCGCUAGCAGGCUCACGCGU